UGUGUCUCUGUGGUAACGCGCACCUGCUACACAAGCACGCGACGUGUCACUGCUGUGACAGCUGUGACAGUAACCCCUGAAACUAUUAUCACACUACGUGAAGUUACUUAGUCCAACUCGGUUAAUCACUAAAUUAAACCGAGCCUCUGAUCUCAAAGUAAAGCGCAAAAACCUGGAGGUGAUCAUGUCCACAAGAGAGGUAGAGAAAACAGCUGAUGAGAGCGCUGAUGACGAGACGGACUGGCUUUAUGGAGAUGACAAUUUUGACGAAGAAGAGACAACAGAAAAGGAAGUGUUCAGUGCUCUGAUUGGCGAUGUGGAUGGUGUGAAUGAACUCAGCUACCAGGAGAGUGAAUCAGACAGUGAUGAUGAUGUCUGUGUGACCAUCGGUGACAUUAAAACAGGCGGAUCUCAGGGCUCGUCAUUUGGUUCGAGUUCCAUAAGUCUGAACAUAAAGUCCUCUGUAUCAGGCUCCAAGUCUAGAGGGCUGGAUCUGGAUGCUGAAGGCAGUGUCCUGCAGGUGGAUGUGGAGUCCUUUGAGGAGAAGCCAUGGAGGAAACCAGGUGCGGAUCUGUCUGACUACUUUAAUUAUGGUUUUAAUGAGGACACCUGGAAGGCGUACUGUGACAAACAAAGACGACUUCGCAUGAGCCUGGAGAUCCUGAGCCUGGCGUCAUCCAGCAAAUUAAUGGUGCAUCAGAGUUCUAGUGAUCUGUCUGAAUACUCAUCCAGGAAGUCGAGCGGUUCGAUUAAUGUUAUCGGAGGACAAGCAGGGACCAUCAGUCGAGUGGAAGGCCGAAGACGUCACAGCGCUGAUGAAAAUAACAUCCAGGUCGUUUCAGAGCAAUCCUCUGACACAAAGCUAUCCUCCCCAAAGCUGUUGCCCUUCUUUCCUCCAAACAUCCCACCUCCACCUUUCCCUCCUCCCUCCGUCAGCACCACACCUCCCCUUAUACCACCACCACCACCACCACCACCCGGUUUCCCAUUACCUCCCGGUGCCCCUCCACCUAUGCUACCAACAUUAGAUAGGUUGCUGUUGCAUAGAUACUGGAGAGAGAGACAGAGGAGAUGUAGCAGACAGAGAAAGCAAGAACAUAGCAGGUCACUAUACAGGCAAAAGAGGGAGAAAAAGAAAGACAGAGAAAGAAAGAGAGAGACAAAGAGUAGUGGACGUUUGGCAGGAGGCUAUGAUCGACGCUCAGCUCCACCUUACCCCUUUACUGCAGGUGUGUACUCACCCGUAGUGGGCUUGGCUUCCUGGCCAGGUGUGAUAGACAGUGACAAGGCAUGGGAAAACUAUACCCGUCAUAACAAAGAAAGGGUGAGAGAGAAAACCAGAGAAAGAGGGCACAAGACAGAGCGAGAGCGGGAAAGAGAGCGGUAUCGAGAACACAGUCCCUCCUCCCAAGACCACAGAAAUGAGGAGGAGCGUGUAUCUCGACACAGGGAUCACAGUCAUUACGGGACCGAGAGGCACAGAGAAAGCUCGGGAAGAGAAGGAGCGAGGGACAGACAUCGAGAAAGAAGACACAGAGACAGGAAUGAACAACACAGAUCCUCACGCAGUGGCAGCAGCAGGAGGCGUCAUGAUAGUGAUGACGCAGAUAGCCACAGGAGACACAGGCACAAACGCUCCAGACACAACCGAGAAAUCCUUGAGCCCAGCGAGGAGUGCAGUGCGGACCAGGAGAACCAGUCAGAGGCCACAGAAUAACUCUCUGACCAGCUGGUGAGCCUGUUUGUUGACCAAUAGGAGGUCUUUAGUGAAAGAUCAUUAGUUUCGUCACCAGUCAAAGCCUGAGUGACCAGCUGUGAAUAGAUUUUGAUUAAUCAUAUGCCAAACACUUGAUAAGCCAAUUUAUGUUACAGUUUUAGCAGUUUAACAUUUAAUUUCUUGAAAAUGUCAUUUAUAAAAAAAGUAAAAAGUGGUCCAAAGGGUACACUAUUUUUAAUUUACAGUUUUAUUUAUUCAUUAUUUACAAUGACUUAUAAUUGUUUUGAUAAUACAAAAUGGUGUUUUUGUUGUGCCAAAUGUUAAUUUUGUUGAAGCAAAAUCAUUAUAAACAUGAUCAAGAAAAUGUAAA